AUGCCUUCCUCAAGCGACCACAACACAGACAAAGAGCGUCGCCUCAUCGGAGUCUUCAUCUAUUCGCAUGUCCGCCUCCGCCGUGCCGAUGAGCAUUUUCUGAACAUCCACCUCACUUCCGCCUUCGCUGCCGUCCUUGAAAUGGAAGAGGAAGACCUCGAGUUCCAGCUAGAAGACAAAGAGGGACUUCAAAUGGUCCAUGCCGAGGAAGACAAACUUGCCAGAUGGAAGGGAGGCACCAAGAGUGCCCUUGUGCAUUCAGCUGCCGAGCUCGUGGAAGAUGUGGCCAGAGAUACGGUGGGCGAGUUUGGAGUCAGGGAGCAGGAAGUCAUGUUUCAACUCGCCGAGACCAUGUAUGGCGUUGCGAGGGACUUGAAGUCGCCGAAGAUUGACUAUAUCACCAUCGAUGACUGA